AUGGCACGCACGGAAACCACAGCAUCCAGAGAGCGCGUAACAGUGAUCCGCCGCUACCCCUGGCCGGAGAACCUACUCAACUGGUGGACCAUCGUCAUGCUCGCAACCGGCGGUCUCCUCACCGGCGUCUUUGGCGACUUCAUGUCUAUCCAGAACAGAAUGGGAUUGGGCACGCCUUGGUUGUUUCCUUACGCCGUCACCGUGGGCUCCCUCACAAUCUUCUGGAUCAUCAUCAUGAUUAUCCUCAUGGCGCAGAAGAAAUUGCAGCCGGCUUGGGUUAUGCUUGCGAGUUUCAUUCUUAUUGCGCUGUUCCUUGCUGGGCUUAUUGAAACGGCUAUUCAGUUGUUUGGAAAUGGCAAUGUGUCAACCUACUGCAACCGCUACGUAAACAACAACAACAUCCGCGGCGUCAGCAUCGACACCCUCGCCUGGCUGGAACAAAACUCCAUCUGUUCGCAAUGGGACGCCGCUUUCGCUUUCUGGAUUAUCGGAUUGGUCUUUUUGGUCUGGAUGAUGAUCAUGGCUUCUCAGGUGAAUAACAAGCGUGGAUUUUACGAUUGA